AUGCAGACCGCUCUCCGUGCUCAGACGGCCCUGCGGGCGGGCGUUCGCCCCCAGGUGUCGCGCCGCAGCGUGGUGGUGCGCGCCGCCGCUGACAGGCCCACCUGGUACCCCGGGGCCGAGCCCCCGAGCUACCUCGACGGCUCCCUGCCCGGCGACUACGGCUUCGACCCCCUCCGCCUGGGCGCCAACCCCGAGAGCCUCAAGUGGUUCCGCGAGGGCGAGCUGACCAACGGCCGCUGGGCCAUGGCCGCGGCCGCGGGCAUCCUCUUCACCGACCUGGUCGGCCUCCCCAAGUUCUGGCUGGCCGGUGCUGAGGUGCGCCGCUUGGGGCCCGCUGGAUUCGGGCCCACUCGGCCGUGGCUGCGCGUUCAUUCCGCAAUACAAGCAACGGGAUAA